AGCAUACUACGCUCUUCAAGAUGUUUCUCUCCUUUCUCUUCACACCAUGGAUCCUCCUCGCAAUACCGCCCUUGUUAUUCAUCCUACCUUUCGUCCGAAAUUGGAAGAUUGCAGACAUUCCAGGUCCACUCUUAGCGAAGUUUACUGAUUUCUGGUACUUGUAUGAGUGCCGCCGUUGUCGACGAUACCUCACAGUCUUCAACCUUCACCAGAGACUUGGCAAGUUUGUAAGGCUGCAACCGAACCAUGUCUCCAUUGCAGACCCAGACGCAAUCCCGAUUGUCUAUGGACAUGGCACCGGCUUUCUCAAAUCCGACUACUACGAUGCAUUUGUUUCCAUCCACCGCGGACUCUUCAACACGCGCGACCGCGCAGAGCACACGCGCAAACGGAAGACUGUUUCGCACACCUUCAGCGUAAGGUCGAUCGGGCAAUUCGAGCAGUACAUCCACCACAACCUGGAGGAGCUGGCCAACCAAUGGGAUAUCAAGAGCAAACUUGCUCAAGGAGGCUUCUAUAAGUUCGAUGCGCUACACUGGUUCAACUACGUCGCGUUCGACAUAAUUGGCGAUCUGGCCUUUGGCGCUCCUUUUGGGAUGCUGGAGAAGGGUGCUGAUGUCGCAGAGGUGCGGUUGACGCCUGACGCACCCAUGACCACUGCGCCCGCGAUCGAAGUUCUCAAUCGGAGAGGUGAGGUCUCGAAUGCUGUUGGAAUCAUUCCUUGGAUUAAGCCAUAUGCCAAGUACCUCCCUGAUCCGUUCUUCUACAAAGGAAUGGAGGCUAUCCAGAAUCUGGCGGGUAUCGCUACCGCGCGGGUCAACGAGCGUUUGGCGGCUGCCGAGCGGGGCGAGAUCACUCGAGUGGAUCUUUUGGCGCGUUUAAUGGAGGGCAAGGACGAGAAUGGCAACCCUCUCGGGCGUGCCGAGCUAACGGCGGAGGCGCUGACGCAACUCAUUGCCGGCUCGGAUACGACCUCGAACACUUCCUGCGCCCUCCUCUACCACUGCUUGAUGCAUCCGGAGGUGGUGAGGAAGCUGCAAGCGGAGCUCGACGAAGCUUUGCCCAGCAAUGAUGUUCCAAGCUAUGAGCAAGUCAAGGACCUUCCGUACCUCGACCAGGUCAUUCAGGAGACUCUGCGAAUCCACAGCACCUCAAGCCAGGGUCUGCCACGCCAGGUGCCAGUUGGUGGAGCCGAGGUCUGCGGCAGAUUCUUCCCACAAGGUCUUGUCCUCAGCGUGCCGGCGUAUGUCAUGCACCACAGUACGGAGAUCUGGGGUCCGGAUGCGGAGGAGUUCCGUCCGGAGCGGUGGGAGAAGGUCACGGAGAGGCAAAAGGGAGCAUUUAUCCCCUUUUCCUACGGUCCUCGCUCGUGUGUUGGCCGGAAUGUGGCGGAGAUGGAGCUUUCGCUUAUUGUAGCUACGGUCUUCCGGCGCUAUGAGUUCGAGCUGUAUCAGAAGCACUUGGAGACCAGAGAAGGCUUCCUGCGUAAGCCUUUGGGAUUGCUUGUUGGAAUGCGCAAAAGGCAGAAGUAAGAUGUGGUUUUGCAAACUUGAGACCUUUGGUAUGAGACGCGUUCAGGAUUUGAAGUUGUACAUACGCUGCUAUCAAGCCAACGUUUAUGAAUCUUCUUGUUGAAAUCAACGCGUUCGUGGCGAGCGAAACUCCUUCGAACUUGCAAUGGAAAGCAAGUCGGACCUAUACUCUUUGGACUGCGCAUACUGCUAGAAUUGCGCGUCUACUCUCCAUCCUCAUCCACCGCUUCCAUCCCAGCACCACCGCCAAUACCACCAUCCAUUCCAUCCUCUUC